CGGGCAGCCUGCGAGGCCCACGGAGCCCGCGGGGAGGGUGAGGGGGUCCUUUCUAGGCAGGACCCGCCCCUUGGUCCAGUCUCUCGGGUCCUGUCACUCGGAUCCAAACCUCACUUGCAGCGGGAGUCCGAACUGAGAUUUCAGAAUGACUUCCUUCUUGACAUACACUUUUAAAAAUCUUCCCAGUACAUCAAAAUGGGCCCUCAUAUCUUCUAUAAGACCUCUGAGCUGUUCCUCCCAACUUCGAGCUGCUGCAGAUGUCCAGACCAAAUCAAAGAAAACCUUGGCCAAACCCAGCGUAAGGAAUAUUGUGGUGGUGGAUGGUGUUCGCACUCCAUUUUUGCUGUCAGGCACUUCAUAUAAAGACCUGAUGCCACAUGAUUUGGCUAGAGCAGCACUUUUGGGUUUGUUGCAUCAGACCAGUGUCCCAAAGGAUGUUGUUGAUUAUAUCAUCGUUGGCACAGUCAUACAGGAAGUGAAAACCAGCAAUGUGGCUAGGGAGGCUGCCCUCGGAGCUGGCUUCUCCGACAAGACUCCUGCUCACACUGUCACCAUGGCUUGCAUCUCUUCCAACCAGGCCAUGACCACAGGUGUCGGCUUGAUUGCUUCUGGCCAGUGUGAUGUGGUCGUGGCAGGUGGUAUAGAGUUAAUGUCCGAUGUCCCUAUUCGUCAUUCAAGGAAAAUGAGGAAAAUGAUGCUUGAUCUUAAUAAGGCCAAGACCCUUGGACAGCGGCUAUCUUUAAUCUCUAAAUUCAGAUUGAAUUUCUUGUCACCUGAGCUCCCUGCAGUGGCUGAGUUUUCCACCAGUGAGACCAUGGGCCACUCUGCAGACCGACUGGCUGCUGCCUUUGCUGUUUCUCGACUGGAACAGGAUGAAUACGCGCUGCGCUCACACCGCCUGGCCAAGAAGGCACAAGAGGAAGGACUCCUUUCUGAUAUUGUGCCGUUCAAAGUACCAGGAAAAGAUACAGUUACCCAAGAUAAUGGCAUUCGUCCUUCCUCCCUGGAGCAGAUGGCCAAACUAAAACCUGCAUUCAUCAAGCCCUAUGGCACAGUGACAGCUGCAAAUUCUUCCUUUCUGACGGAUGGUGCAUCUGCAGUGCUGAUUAUGGCAGAGGAAAAAGCUCUGGCCAUGGGCUAUAAGCCGAAGGCAUAUUUGAGGGAUUUUGUGUAUGUGUCUCAGGAUCCAAAAGAUCAGCUUUUACUUGGACCAACAUAUGCUACUCCAAAAGUUCUAGAAAAGGCAGGAUUAACAUUGAAUGAUAUUGAUGCUUUUGAAUUUCAUGAAGCUUUCUCAGGUCAGAUUUUGGCUAAUUUAAAAGCCAUGGAUUCUGACUGGUUUGCACAAAACUACAUGAAUAGAAAAGCCAAGGUUGGAGUGCCUCCCUUGGAGAAGUUUAACAACUGGGGUGGAUCACUGUCCUUGGGACACCCAUUUGGAGCCACUGGCUGUCGGUUGGUCAUGGCAGCUGCCAACAGAUUACGGAAGGAAGGAGGCCAGUAUGGUUUAGUUGCCGCCUGUGCAGCUGGAGGGCAGGGCCAUGCCAUGAUAGUGGAAGCUUAUCCAAAAUAAUAGAUCAAGAAGAGGUGACCUGGAGUUUCUCUGCAACACUCACCCUAGGCAAUGCCAUUUCAAUGCAUUACUCAGUGACAUGACAUCUGUAGUUCCUAGGUCCUCUAAGGAAAACGAAAUUUGUGGCCUUCUGUUAAAUACUUUGCAAUUAAGCCUUGCCAGUGUUCUGAGCUUUCCAAUAAUCAUGGCUUACUGCUCUUUCAGGGAUUUCUUAGUCACCAGAAUCUCUCACAGUGAUAAGUUUAAGCAAUUAUGUUUGGUCUCUAUUAUGAGUAAUUGCAGUAGGGGAGAGAUUAGCUGAGAUUUGGAAUCAUCUUUGUAUCAUUUGCAAAUUAUAACUCAUUCUUACUUGUUACCCAAAGAUAAAUGUUUUCUAUAAAAUACAGACCAAUGUGCCUAAAUUAACUUAAUUAUGGAAAGAUAAUUCAGGGUCUAAACAUCACUGAAAACUUACAGUGAAUGUUUAGAUAUAUAGAUACCAUAUUGGUUAACCUUAAUGAAGGGGAAAAGUAUUAGAGAACUGUUUGCCUUAUUUUUUCAUAGAGGUAAAAGGUUGCUCUGUUGGCUUAGGAACAAAUUUUGCUUUUGAUUAUUCAUUUGUAACUUCUAACCAUUUUAUUCAACCAUGAGGCUGUUAGGAACAUAAAGAAGGUCCUGCUUUAGAAUAAUACUUUUUUCCCCUGUUGCCCAACUGAAGUAAAUGUAUCACUAUUUGGAGAUGCUUCUGUUUUCCAGGUUUAAUGAAGUAUAAAGAGAUUUUUAAAAUUUAAUCAACAUAGUAAAAAUCCUCUCAAUUUUUGACAACCAAAGUGUAUUAAGUGACAUGUGUGCUAGUGAUUUGAAGAAGCAGAGGUCUCAGUUGCAACCAUUUAUGUGAAUGUUGUUUAGGUCUAUGAAAGUUACUGGCAAUCAGAAUCAUCCUGCAGUUCAGGGACAGACUGGGCAAGGGAGCAAGUGCUAACCUCUUAAAAGAUUAUUUGAGAGUCCCAGCAUUGUUUCUCCAUGAGUUCAUUGGUAAGUUCAAUAUAAUACAAGUUUUUAACACUAAACCAUUAUAUUUACAUAUGACAAAAAUCAACUCUAGGUAAGUUAAAUAUAAAAGGUAAAAAACUUUAAAAUUUAGAAAAAAAUACGACUGUGACCUAAGGUUGGGGCAGGGAGGAUUUCUUAAACAAGACAUUUAAAGUGUUACCAUAAAAGAAAAGACCUAUAAAUUGGCCUAUGUUGAAAUAAGAAUGUUCUUUAUAUGAUAGAGUGGAAAGACAAGCCACAAAUGGGGCAAAGAAACAGAUGUAACUUAAAAAGGAUGUGCAUAUAUAUAUGUCUCUUACAUAUCUUACAAAGAUAUCUGUCAUAUGUAUGAUAGAUAUCAUAUACAUGAUAUGAUAGAGAUAUAUCUUAUAAGAUGUACAUGAUAUAGAUAUAUUUCACAAAGGAUCUAGGAUAUAUACGGAAUUCCUACAAAAUUAAGAAGAAAGAUAACUCAGUAAAAAAUGACAAAAGAUAUUAACAGAUUUUUUUAGAAAAUUAUAUACAAAUGGAGAAUAAAUGUGAAAAGAUGCUCAUUAGUAAUCAAGAAAAACCAAAUUAAGAUCAUAAUGAGAUAUUUUAUACCUACCAGACUGGCAAAAAUGAACAGAACUGAGAAUACCAAGCAUUAGUAAGGAUGUGGAACAAUAGGAACUUUCUCUUCACUGCUGGUGAGAGUGCAAAUUGAUACAACCACUUUAGAAAACAGUCUGGCAUUGUCUUGUGCAUUUGAGUACUUAUAAAUCAUAUAUUUGAUAAGGGGUUAAUAUCCAGAAUAUAUAAAGAGCUCCUACAACUCAAUAACUAGAAAACCCAAUUUAAAAAUGGGCAAAUAAUUUGAAUAGACAUUUCUCUGAAGAAGAUAUACAAUGAUCAAUAAGCAAAUGCAAAGAUAGUUGCCAUCACUAAUUGUUAGGGAAAUACAAAUCAAACUACAAUGAGAUGCUACUUCACACCCAUUCGUAUGGCUAUUAUUAAAAAACGUGAAAAUAA